AUGGAGCUGCGAACUAGUGCCAGGCAGCGGACUGUGAGAUGGGGCCCUUCAUGGGACUUUGCUUCGCGCGUGGCGGCUUCCAGAAGGCCGACAAGCACGAGGCCGCGUGCACAGCCAGGAGGACGAUGGGUGGAGCAAGGCACAAUGGCCAAGCUCGCCCUCUUGGCCUUAGAAGACCAGAGGGGUAGCUCUGCCAGGGCACCUUUGCCACCGUUUAUUUACAGCCAGAUGAUCGCCCCCUACCUUAGCUUCAACGGACCAGUCCCGGACCAGCUCUACGUCAUUGGCGGCAGGGACAGCAAUCAGGAGCCACUCAACGUCGUGGAGAUGUUCGACUCAUGGAAUGGCAGGUGGGUCACCUGCCCACCUAUGCUUGCCAAGCGGGCAGGUUGUGCUGCAGCACCCUUGCCCAACGGAAGCUUCCUGGUCUGUGGAGGCUACGAUGAGCAGGGCAUCGUACGUGGCGUGCUGGACAGCUGCGAGGUCUUCGAUCCUAGAAGCCAGGUCUGGCGCAACACCGGGGCAGCCUUGUUGCGAGCACGAUGGGGCCACGGCUGCUCCGUGCUCGGCACCUGCGCCAUUGCGGUCGGGGGCUGCGCUCUGCUGGGAGGCUCUUUGAUUGGUGAGGAGCUGAUGGAGACCUUGCGCAGCUGCGAGGCCUACGACUCCCAAUGCAACCAGUGGCGAGCAGCUCCCAACCUGAACAUCGCUCGCGCAGGGGCCAGGGUGGUGACGAUCACCGGUGGCAAGCUGGCGGCCGUUGGCGGCUGUGAUGAUGUGUUUGGUCGGGCAGAGAUGUUGGCCAGCGUGGAGAUCUUGAACGAGGGGAAUGAUCAUUGGGUCCUGCUGGACACGCAGCUAGGCGUUCCCAGGACGACCGCGGCAGCCGUGGCUCUGGACGCAGAGAGGAUUCUAGUGAUGGGCGGUGCGCCCUCCCUCUCUUCAGCGGAGGUGUACCAUGUGCAAAAGCGCAGCCCAGAACAAAGUACUUGCCAUGGGCCUCAGGGCAAUGAGAUUGGGGACAUGGCUGAAGGCCGCAUGGGCUGCCAGGCAGUGGCCAUGAGACUUCCUGCCCCUGGUCGGACUUUCCCCACUUGCACAAGGCAGUGUGUUGUGGUGGUCGGUGGAGAGAACGGAGACGAGGACUGGUCCGAGGACGAGUCCACGGCCUCUUUAGCCCGGCAAUUCAGCACGGUGCUGGUCUUCGACGCAGAAGAAGGCGCCUGGCGACCGACGAAUGCCUUCCCACAACUACCGACACCUCGCACGGCCAUGGCCCUGUGCGUGUCGCCGGGGAUUGUGGCUGGCUACGGCUGGUAG